AUGGAAGCGUUAUGUGACACUGGAGCUCAGGUCUCCAUUUUCCCGGAACAGGUACUGUCUGACAAUUUUUCUGAUUUGAAAAUACGUGAUAUUAGUGAAUUGCUUGGUGCGAAUUCUGAUCUGAAUUUAACAGCGGCAAAUGGGACAAUGCAGGAAGCUUACACGUUAGCAUCCAAGUCUGCGGAGAAAGCGGCGUCUAAGGGAAGGAAGCAGAGCGAUAAACGCAUAAGGUCGACUGUCCUCUUACCUGGUGACCAAGUGCUUGUUCGGAACCUAUCAUCACGCGGAGGUCCAGGCAAAAUACGAGCGUUCUGGGAAGAGGAGAUUCACGUAGUGGUAUCGAGGAACAAUCCCGAGAGUCCUGUUUAUCAAACCAGAAUCAGGAAAGGGAAAGAUACGCACGUUGCACAGAAAUUUACUGUUACCUUGUGAUAAUUUACCGACAGCAACGCCAGAGACGAAGCGGGUAGUGAACGUGAAAGAACAGACCCCGAUUUUACACACCCCAGAGGAUUCAGAAUCCGAUUCGGAGGGACUGUCGCUGCCUCCAAACGCAGUGGACGAACUUGUACAAUUAAGUUUACGACCAGACUCGGUAAACGACGCGACAGUGGACCCAAGUACAAAUGGCGAUAUUAACCAGAGUAGGGAAGUACAUGGUAAUGAAAAUGAAGAGAACAGGCUGAUCAUACAAGUAGAAGAAAGGUGGAAACGCCGGGUGAUGUCGAAGAAACACCGCCGCAACCAGUUAGUCCACAAAGGCAAAGACAGCCACCGUUACGUUUUGGAUACAACGCAUCUGGCUGUCCUAGGGAUGAAUUUCCUUUCAUUUGGCAAGACCCUAACGUGGGAUUAG